AUGAACGGAACUCACAGUACGGACAAGUCUGCUCUAAACAGGGCAGGCGAGGUUGAUCGUCUCAUUGAUGCGGUCAAGUCCCUAAUCGUCCCCUUCAUCCGGGACGCAGACAACGCCGCCUCCUUCCGAGCCACCGGCCAGCUGCCCCCAGACAACCGCAAUGUCCUCGUCGAAUCCCUCCGCCCAGAGCAGCUCGUGAAGCAGCUCGCCCUAUCCCUCCCGCAAGGUGAGGGCGCAGGUCAGGAUGGUCUGCUCCAAACCAUCCAGUCCAUCCUCUCUCACUCCGUCAACACCUGGGACCAGGGUUUCAUGGACAAGCUCUACGCCUCCACCAACGCCGUCGGCGUCGUCACCGAGCUCCUCCUCUCCGUCCUCAACACCAACCUGCACGUCUACCAAGUCUCUCCCGCCUUGACGGUCAUCGAGAAGCACACAGCCAAGCAGUUCGCUUCCCUGUUUGGCUUCACCGGCCCGCGCGCCGGCGGCGUCACCUGCCAGGGUGGCAGCGCUUCAAACCUGACCUCCAUCGUCGUUGCCCGCAACACGCUUUUCCCUCUCUCCAAACUCCACGGCAACAACCACACCGAAUGCGGCGCCCCGGGCCCUCUGAUCCUGCUCACCAGCGCGCACGGGCACUACUCGGUCGAAAAGGCCGCGGUAACAUGCGGUUUCGGCUCCUCAUCCGUCUGGACCGUCCCCGUCGACGCGCAAGGCCGCAUGUGCCCCUCCGCCCUCCGGGAAACCGUCCUGCGCGCCAAGCAGGAGGGCAAACACCCGUUUUACGUCAACGCCACGGCGGGCACCACGGUCAUGGGCUCGUACGACCCCCUUGACGAGAUCGCGGACUUGUGCGACGAGUUCGGCAUGUGGAUGCACAUUGACGGGUCCUGGGGCGGGCCGGCGAUUUUCAGCGAGAAGCAUAGGCAUAAGAUGCAGGGGUCGCACAGGGCAAGGAGCUUGACGGUUAAUCCGCACAAGAUGCUCAAUGUACCUGUUACGUGCUCGUUCCUGUUGACGGAUGAUGUCAAGGUUUUUCAUAAGGCGAAUACGUUGCCGGCUGGGUAUCUGUUUCAUGGCCCGGCCGCGGCGGCGGGGGAUGACGAGGGUAUUGAUGAGGAAAAGAAGACGACAGCAGAAGAAGAGGUGUUGAUAAAUGGAAACGGGUGUGGAAACGGCAACGGCCCAAAAGAAGUCUGGGACCUGGCCGACCUGACGCUGCAGUGCGGCCGCAGAGGCGACGCGCUCAAGCUGGCGCUGUCGUGGAUCUACUACGGCGCAGCCGGGUUCGAGCGGCAGAUCGACGGCGCCUUUGAGAUGGCUGCGUACCUGGCCGAUCUAAUUUCGCAGCGCAAGGACUUUGUUUUGGUGUCGUCGAACCCGCCGCCGUGCUUGCAGGUGUGCUUUUAUUAUGCCCCUGGCGGCAAGCUGGCGGAGGAUCCAGAGGAGAACACGCGGAGGACGAGUAAAAUGGUGGAGAAACUGAUUGCGAGAGGCUUCAUGGUGGAUUACGCGCCGGGCGAGAGGGGAAGCUUCUUUAGGGUGGUGGUUAAUUGCCAGACGCUGAGGGGGACGGUGGAGGGCUUGGUUAAGGGGUUGGAAGCUGUUGGGAGGGAGGUUGUUGUUGUCCCGCCAGCGAUUUGA